UCAAGUAGAUAGACGCAUAAACGUGACGGAAGAGUACACGACGUCACUUCGAUGCUUGGUGGAGGAAAAUGAUAGCCAGCACCAGCACAAUCGGAAUCACAAGCAGAAUAGGAUACGAUGGGGGGUGAAGAGGCCCCAUGAUCAAUGGCAGAAACAAUACUGAGGCUGCCACAACCAAACACAGCAAUAUGGCUACCAUGCUGCAGUCAUUUAGUUGGUCCAUCCUAACUUCAAACUUCUUCAAACUUCAAACUAACAAUGUAUGUGUGUUGUGUGUUGAAUUUGAAUAAAAGUUUCCAUGGAAGGAGUGAGGAACCCCAUGGACGUUGGUGUAUAUAUAACGUUCAUGGUAUCUUUUGGUGUAGGGUUACAACGUUUGGCUAGUUAGGGAUGCAUGCAAACUGAUUAUGAAAGUACCCUUUCGCAUGUAAUGUACAGUCGCUUCAUUAUACGGUGGAAGGAAGGCAACUGUUGCCGGACGGAAGGGUGCGUCGGAUCGGAACAAGCCCAUUUCCGUUUGACGUAUGGGCCAUAAAAGCCCACUGGAUUCGGUAAUCGCAUUAUGCUGUCGAGCGGUGAAGAGACCAUUUAUUACCGGGCUCCUCGUUCAACCCGCUUUGCCACGGCUGAAACUAUCAGAGAUCAACAUGAGGCUGGCUGAGAUCAACCACACCAAGAAUAGCGCUGCUAUCACCAACAAUGGUGCUGCUGCUGCUACUACUGAUGAGAAUGAAUGCAUUGUGCGAGAGCAAGACCGUUUCAUGCCCAUUGCCAAUGUGAUCAGAAUCAUGCGCAAGAUCCUGCCCCCGCAUGCCAAGAUCUCAGACGACGCCAAGGAAACAAUCCAAGAGUGUGUCUCAGAGUACAUCAGCUUCAUCACAGGGGAGGCCAAUGAGCGUUGCCAGCGUGAGCAGCGCAAGACCAUUACUGCCGAAGACGUGCUGUGGGCAAUGAGCAAGCUGGGGUUCGAUGACUACAUUGAGCCCCUCACUCUCUACCUCCACCGCUUCCGCGAGAUGGAGGGAGAUCGUGGCUCCAUGAGGGCCGAGACUUUGAUGAAGACUAGUAGCAGGGCAAUGACUGCGGCAGAGUAUCAUGCAGCUGCAGCAGGCUCUUUCGCUGGUUUUGCUCCUUUUCAUCACCAUGGCUUUUUCGGAUACUUGAAGGAUGCGUCCAUAUCCAAUGGGGCAGCUGGUACAUCUUUGUCCCAGCAGGCUAAUGCUGUUGCUGCAAUGGCAAAUGGUGAUCACCAGGCAUCACAUUCCCAGUAUGAUGAUAACAAUAAGUGAAAUAGUGUUGAAAACAAUAAGCAGUGCGUACGUUGCUUCAUGAACUACUAGCUAGUGAUCAUGAUGAGCACUGUUUUUAGUCACUACCAUGUACUGGUGAAAGAACCUAGCUAGCUUUAUUGGAUUUGGGGUGUUGUUGUUUAACAAACGCAAAUGCACAUUUUCAAUUUGCAAUUUGAUUUCAUUUGGUUGGAAGUGUGUCAGGCAUGUUUCUGAACUGGUGACCAAAAAAGGUCAAAAAAUAAAAAUACAAGCUAGCUAGCUCCCAGCGAGGAUCGAACUCGCGACCUUUCGCUUACGAAGCGAACGCAC